AUGGAAUAUAAAGACUGGAUUGAAGUCAUGCUGGCAGUUGACGCUAUCGUUUACCUGACAGGUUCACGAUGGAUUGGUGAGGCAAUCAUCUGGACAACCAAGUCCAAAGCACAGCAAAGGAAAGAGACAAGCGUGCGACAAGACCAUGACGGGAAGCGAGAACACACACAAGCAGGGCUCUGCGUCGAAGAAUUGCCCAUGCGACAAAAACUCAACAAAGCUGCCGCCACGGGCACACAAGUGAUCGCGCGCACCAUGACGACCCUACCGACCGACUGCUUAUGGUUGGAAGACUGCCAUUCUCGACACCAGCAUUCCGCUUACUCCACUUUCAGCAUGGAAAAUGCUGCGGGCCAAGUUUGGAAUCGAUCAAGAUAA